AUGGCGACGACGCAAGCAACCGCAGCGACACGAACGCAUCUCACGCUCAAGGGAUCUACAGCGCUCGUACACGAAUUCUUCAACUACUCUGUGCAAUCCAUCCUAUACCAGCGCGGUAUCUAUCCAUCAGACGACUUCAAAACGGUCAAGAAGUACGGUCUUCAGAUGCUCACGACUACGGACGAUGGUCUGAUCGAGUACCUCGAUACCGCCAUGGCGCAGCUCAAGACGUGGCUCGAACGUGGCGACGUCACACGACUCGUCGUUGUCAUCAUCGAAAAGGACUCGGGCGAGACACGAGAACGAUGGCAGUUCGACGUCGAUGUCAUCAACACACCUCUCGAUGAAUCCUCAACGCCAGCAUCCACCGAAAAACCCAAAAAGACAGACGCACAAGUAAGAGCCGAAAUUGCUGCCAUCAUCAAACAGAUCACCGCCUCGUGCACCUUCCUACCAGUGCUAGACGAACCAUGCGCCUUCCAAAUUCUCGCAUAUACCAACAAAGACGCCCAAGCUCCUGCAGAGUGGAUCGAUUCGGAUGCAAGACUGAUCGCAGAAGGUCAGGCAGAACAGGUCAGAUUGAGGAGCUUCUCCACCCAUGUUCAUAGAGUCGACGCAAUGGUCGCUUACAGAAGGGAUGAGGACGACGAGUAG